AUGAAGAUCAAGAAGAAGGAUCUGCGCAAGCGUGAGGCGCAGCUGCCGAUCAACUACCCAGAUCCCGAUGUCCUUCCGGACUCACUGCCGGGGGGCGUCAUCGACAUCGAGGCGGAGAUGGUGCAGGUGGAGAUUCUGUGCAAGCGUCUGGCUCACAACGAGGUGGCGGUGCGUGAUGCCGUUCUGGCCGAGGUGCCGCACUAUCUGGAGCGACUCACCGAGGCCAUGGCGGAGAUGGAGAAAACUUACGAGGCUGAGAUUGCAGAGGUGCGGGGCUACUUCAAGGCGCAUCCGAAAACCCCGAACCCGUACCGCUAUGAGAACCUUCCGCUCGCGCUGCAGCAGUUCCGGGAGAAGGUGGCCGAACAGGAGCGCGAGGACCGCCGGCGCGUGGCCAUGCGCGAGCUCCGUCAUCGGCAGGCGCAGGAGCGGCGUGACAAGGAGCUCUAUGGCCGCUACGACAGGCCUGCAGGCGACUCCACA